GCCAGGGCACGGAGGCAAUGAGCUAUCGGCUUGGCUCCGCUUGGCAGCAGGACGCAGGCAACAGGCUCACUCCCUGCUCCCUGCUCCAGUCCAGCCUGCGCUCCGCUGCUAUGGUUGCCAUGCCCACUGCCUGGUGCUCCGUCGCUCUGGCCCUGCUCGUGGCCCUGCACGAAGGCAAGGGCCAGGCCGCUGCCACCCAGGAGCAGCCGGUGCACCCGCGCCAUGCCCGAGGCGCCCACCUGCGGCCUCGGCGUUGCUCCUGCAGCUCCUGGCUCGACAAGGAGUGCGUCUACUUCUGCCACCUGGACAUCAUCUGGGUGAACACUCCCGGACAGACAGUUCCUUACGGCCUGGGAAACCCGCCAAAACGCCGGCGCCGCUCUCUGCCAGGGCGCUGUGAAUGCUCCAGUGCCAGAGACCCUGCCUGUGCCACCUUCUGCCAUCGAAGGCCCUGGCCUGAAGCCGUGGCAAACCCAGGCCUCGGGUCCCCUGCAGACGUGUCCCAGGCUGGCAAGACAUGGACCACUGCAGGAGAGCUCCUCCAGCGGCUGAGGGACAUUUCUUCUGCCAAGAUCCGCUUUGCUAGGCGGCAGCGGGAGGCAACGAGGGAGACCAGGCCUACACACGCCAGGCAGCAGAAGAGAUAGUGCUGGGCGCUGGAGAGACUCUGGGAAGGAAGCCCGUGUGGAGAGGGGAGGAGAAGGGCAGCCCAGGACAGGAGAGACUCCACCUGCUUCCUGGACCAGGAAGCCCGCCUGCUGGAUGGGCACACGUUGUGGCCUCCUCGCCCUCGUGAGGGAGCCCCCUCAAGGCAGCUCUGAGCCCUCACACUGCCCCGCAACGCCUUCAGCUCCAGGCUGCAGCGCAGCCUCCCGCUCCGGCUCUGGUCCCACCUCCCUGCUGAAAAGGACUGCCCGGGAGGCCACGUCCUGAGAGGUGUCCUGUCUGUUGGCUACACGCCGGGAGCGACGCACAGUGAUGGACGCGCACACCGAAGCCAGCCCGAUGGCUGGUGUCCUCCCCUCCACCCCGGCCUUCAUCUGUCCCCUCCAGCUCCCCCUCCCUCGGUCCUGUACCCUCAGACCCUCGGGACACUCCUGGUGAGAAGGGCCUGUUCUGCUUCACCUGUCUGUAUAUAACUUAUUUGCUCUAAGAACUUGGAGAAUUCCCAUUAUUUAUUGUAAUGUAUUUUUUUUUUUAGACUUUCAGUCGUUUGCCUAUAAACUUGUGUUUGAAAUAAAUGGUGAAAUGUA